AUUCGAUUGAAGCCGAAGUUGAAUAGGUAGCUACUGAAAGAUGUCGAACAGCACGGUGUCGCUGGCCGGAGGGAUAGUACCUUCUGAUCACUCCAUGAUGUAUACAGUGCUGUCUUCAAUGACUUAUUUCAUCAUUUGUGUCGCCAUCAUAUUCUUGUUAAUAUUAGUACUGCUUCUCCUCCUGUUACUCUGGUACUGGUGUUUGAAACCUACCGUGUCUUUUACUAAUAAAACUAUUAAAUAUUCUUCGUUACAAUCUGACGAAGAAGACGAAAAAGGCGUGGCACCUAAUAAAAGACGAUUAUUAUUUUCGGACAUUUUACGAAUACCCUCUACGACUCAUUCCACUAUACAGCAGGCUCCGCCCAUAAAAUCCAGAUACCACUGGUCUAAUGUCCCUGCUAACGCUAACAUAGAUAUCAAUGCUGGACAUCUGCUUCUGACCUAUAUCGAAAACAAUCUCCGUGACAAAGGAAGGCUGGACAAAGAGUGGGAGUCGUUAACUUCAUAUGCACCUGACGAUGUUUCUGUAAAGGCUGGACUGUCUUUGAAUAAUAAACACAAGAACAGAUAUCCUGAUAUCCUUCCUUAUGAUCACACUCGUGUUCUCCUCAAUAAAGAAUUCAAUGCCUCAGGAUCGGAUUAUAUUAAUGCAAAUUUUAUUACUGAUGUUGAUCCUAAGUUGCCUAGAUACAUAGCUAGUCAAGGUCCUCUGCAACACACCAUAACGGACUUCUGGCAGAGUCAAGGCUCGUCCCUUAAUGUUCUACAUCCGUCUAGUGAUAAUGAUGAUGAAGAUGGCGGUGAUAAUUAUAGCGAGAGUGUAUUAGUCUCUGAGCACAGACAUAAUGAUGACUAUACUGUCAGGAGCUUUUGUAUUUUAAAUAAAACAGUCCAGUAUUCAAGAACUAUAACUCAGUUUCAUUAUCUUUCAUGGUCAGUAGCAGCCCCUCCAGCUAACCCAACACCACUCCUGGACUUCUGGAGGAAGGUUAAAACAGCUUAUACUCUGCCACAGUCGCCUGUACUGGUUCAUUGCAGUGAAGGUGUCGGGAGAACUGGCACGUAUAUAUUGAUUGAUAUGACUCUCUCAAGGAUUACAUCAGGGGCUAAGGAGAUUAAUUUGGCUGGAGCAGUUGAGCAUUUGAGGGACCAGCGGAAACAAAUGGUCAAGACUAAGUCUCAGUUUGAGUUUGCACUCGAUGCUUUGGUUCAAGAAACUCAGUACAUGCUAAAUGCAGCACAAAAGAAAUAAUAAGAAUAAUAAGAAUAAAAUAAUAAUAUUAAUAAUAAU